GGCAGGCGCUCUCGAGUCCUGUCCUCCUCUCCCUCGUGCGUUAUGACCAGUAAUGGUGAUCAUUCUACGUUUACAUCCACACCUCCAUCAUCCAUCCUCGUCAAUGCUCGCGACGACCACAGCAAUCAUCGCCCGUCGCGACCUGCCUCGACUGCUACUUCGCCCAAACUGAACAAGCAGAUACAAACCGACAAGAUCUCGAAUGGCGAGAACCAUGUCGAUGAAGACACGAAUCUCUCCGAGGCCGAAACGGUCGUGCUUGAGAAACACGAGCCCAGUCAUCUCAAGAUGAUCAAGACGGAGCGCAGCGAAGAUGACCUGCGCUCCAUCAAGGAGGAUUCUCGCCUUUCGUCGCCCGCAAAAAAUGGCGAGAUGACCUUGCGCGACGAGCUUCCAGCCCCAAACGGUGCGAAACAUGGCUCCGAGCCCGAUGUGAAAAGCCCGCCGUCCACCUCGCCUAGUAGCCGCACCACGUCGCGACACACAAAAGAUACCAGCUCAACUGGUUCUGCCAGAUCUCCUGUAUUCUCUGCUACUUCGCCCACGCGACCCACGGGACGUGGACGUAGCGCCUCCACACUCGACUCCCGCAAACGCAAAGUGCGCGACGACUCCUACCCAAAGGGUUUGGAGCCUCCUCGGCAAAAAAUCAAGACGGAAGGCCAAAAGGAUCCGCGCUAUCCCAAUUCCCCUGCCACCCCCGGUUUUGGCCUCUCCCACAAGCGCUCCCAGUCCACCCAGUCCCUCGUUACCGGCACCACAGCCCGUCGCCGCAGAGAGCUUGCCAUAUCCACAGAUCGUAAGCAGUGGUCUGAUGAAAGCUCAGGCGACUCUUCGUCACCCCGCCCCACACAAACACCCAAUAUGCUACCCCACACACGAGUCAAACGGUCGGGACAUCGAGCGCUGACAUCGCCUGCCCGCACCAUGCCUCAUGCACGAAAGUUGGAUAAAUAUGGAGCCACUCAGCUUUCGAGGGAAAGCGAGCGCGGAAACCUCUCUGCUGUCAAAGAAGCUUACGAGGCGGCUCCGGAGGAACUAGACCAUGCUGACUUUGCAGGUUUUACACCUUUGCAAAAGGCUUCGUUGCAUGGCUGGGCCGACGUUGUCAAAUUCCUCAUCGCCAAAGGGUGCAGAACCGAUUGCGAAUCUCUGAAUCGCGACACACCACUUAUCGAUGCCGUGGAAAAUGGCCAUUUGGAUGUGAUUCGUUUGCUGCUAAACGAGGGCCGUGUGAACCCACAUCACCAGAACAAGAAAGGGCAACGUGCUAUUGACGUGCUAGACAACGAAGUGGAUGAUGCGGAAGAUAUCGAAAAGGAACUUCAAGCUGCUAUGCGACACCAUGUGGAUACAUCGACCAACGAAGAAUACGCGCAAUCCAGGUUGAGUCAGACCAAAACUGCGUCCCGAUUAUUAUAUAACGAGUACAAUACGGAAACCUUGGUCGAGAAAGCAGGCGACGGUGAUAUAUUGGCAGUGGGAGAGCUGAUCAACAGCAACAUCAAGCCGAAUAUUGCUUGUGGAGUGGCCGCUUCACGUGGCGGUCAUUACGAUAUUCUCAGCAUCCUUCUUGCCAGUGGCCUCAAAGCUGAUCCGGAUCCCUCGAAGCACAGCGAGACUCCCAUGUUGGUUGCCAUCGGUCGUGGUCACCUGAAAAUAGUAAACCUGCUUCUUGAACAGGACAAUUUUGACCCGACACGGAGGAACAGAGAAGGCAAGGCAUAUUUCGAGAUUUCCGAGGACCGACGAGGCCCUAAAUGGCAAGAAGAGAAGGACAUUCUGAAGGUUGCAUUCGACAAUUACAAGCACAAGAGCCCUAAGAGGACCCGGAAAGAUCCCUCUUUGACAUCGGCUGCUCGGUUCAAACGAAAAUCUCCACCUGCGCGUAGGGAGCGGUCAUCGUCACCACGAACUGAUAGCAAGCGUGCCCAAGCGGCCAAAAUGUCCACUGGCCAUCAAAAGUCGCGGAGACUGAUGUCCGGGAAAGAGAUGGCAAAUCGCGAGGUGAAACGUAGGAGGCGCGUUGUAGACGACGAAACCUCCGAAGAUGAUGAUAGCGAAGACGAAGUGCGGGCGCCAACGAAAAAAUCUGCGAAGCCACGAGCCCUUAGCGAAGGCGAGGAGCACAAGCCUGUAAAGAAGAUCAAAGUUCGAUCAGAGGAGCAGGACGUCUCAAAACGCACUGCGCGAGCCACAUCUCACGAUACCGAUCACGACCGACGACCCAAAACUGGCCCAAAGAUCAAAACAAGAGUCGAAAGGGUCUCCAGUGGCAAACACACGCCUGACCCCGACUCGCUUGAUGAGAAGAAACCAAUAAAAUCUAAAAUACGAUCCAGACCCAUCGAGGACGUGAAGGUGAAGAAGCGUCGGGAAUCGGAUGUUUCCGUUGAUGACGGCAGAAUGAAGAAGACUCCUACGGUCUCCGCGAAGUCAACCCCAGCACCUCUCGAGAAGGCUUCCACGCCAGAUGUUGUUGCGCGAGAGCGUAAGCAAGAGGAACGCAAGCAAGAGGAACGCAAGCAAGAGGAGCGAAAGCAGGAAGAACAAAAGCAAGCCGAAAAACAAGCAGCCGAAGCCAGACGGAAAGCUGCCGAGGACGCAGCACGAAAGCGUGAGGAAAAGGAGAAGGAGGAAGCAGCGCGUAAGGUCGCCGAGGAGGAAGCUAGAAGGAAGGCGGAAGCGGAAGCGGAAGCCAAACGAAUCGCAGAUGAAGAGGCGGAAAGGGUGCGCCGACGGGAAGCCGAAGAGGCAAAGCGGAGGGCUGAAGAGGAAGAGGAGAAACGCAAGGAAGCUCUCGAGGCGCAACGUUUAAGGGAACUUGCCGAACGGCAGCAUCGCAUAGCCAAUCUUCCACGAGCCUUGCGACGGGCUUGCGAGCUCGGAAACAAUCGUCCGCUCCAUUUCUCAGGCGAAGAACUAGGCAUAUCUGCAGUGUUCCUUCCAAUCUUCUACACCACAUCAGAAGACUUGCAGCCAGGCGGCUCGGCAGCAGGCAAAGUCUACAUUCCCUCCUUCCAAGUUGUGGGGAUCCUCGGUCUAAGAGAGCUCGAUCUUGCUCACCUAGAUGCUCCAUACUCCUCCUGGGACCGAAUUCCUUUCACUUCCAACCACCGCGAUCUUCUUCUUCGGCAGUACGACGUUGCCCUUCUCGCACAAGACUUUCGAUUCCCGAUGGAAGGAACGCCCGAUUUCGAUUACGCCCGGAUCCAGGAAAGCAUCAAGCAAGCUCGCCAGCAAUUCAUGAACAUGGAAGGGUUGUACUGGGUUGAAGACAAGGCUCUGUAUCCAGAAGCAGAAAAGGUGGAGAGCUUACAGCCUCUGCUCGAAGAGAUAAAAGAUGUGAGCAAGCGACGCAGAAUUCAUCUCGUCGAGCCUGAAGCCCAGCUACCAGAAAAGAAGCAUAAACCUCGGAAGAGUUUUAUGGAUACAGCUCUCGCAAAAAACGGCAUGAACGGGCUCGUUGGCAGUUGA